AUGUCGGCGCCACGAUGUCUGCGCAUAGCUAUUGAAGCAUGCCGCCCUCAGAAGACUACAACCACCGUGCCGCUGCGGCCGCGCCUUUCAGCUCCAGCCCAUCCAACACACCGGUCGUCGAUACGAGGUUUCUGCUCAAGUACACCCGAAUAUGAUAAAGACAGCAAAGACAAGUCUCUAGAGACGGGCCCGAUGGAUAUCACGGCGGGAUUCCCAACACCAGAAAUCGGAUCGUACAAAAUCCAGGAUGCCUACGAGGAAGAGGGAGGAGAUGAGUCUGCCACACCGACAGCAAAGGCCAAGCAUACCCCGACUUCGAUACAGCGGACAAAGGCAAAGCCGGACGUUGUGUCGGAGACUCAAGCCCAGGAAUUACAGCAGACUUCGGCAUCGACAGUGGCUCACAAGACCUCUCCAUCACCAGCACGGGGAAAGGCGCAACCGCACCCACCUACAAAGUCAACUCCCAAAGCCACCAGGGGCUCGCCAUCCACGCCUCUUCUUUCUUCCUCCGAGAAACCCGCCCCGGCAUCUGGCGAUGAAAGCACCAAACCCAACGUCCCACCCAAUGUCCUCGCUGCCUACCGCACGCCGCUAUAUCACCCGACGACCCACGGGAUCCCGGUGUGCCAGCUGCAACUGCGCUCGUUCAGCACCCGCAACCUCGAGUUCUUCGCCGACUUUUGCGUGCGCGCCGCCUACUAUCUCUCCCUGCCCUGCCGGGGUCCCACUCCCCUCCCGAAGAAGAUCGAAAGAUGGACGGUCCUCAAGAGCAACUUUGUGAACAAAAAAGCGCAAGAGAAUUUCGAGCGGAUCACGAUGAAGAGGCUGAUUACCGUGUACGAUGGACAUCCAGAGGUGGUGGAAACGUGGUUGGCGUUUGUGAGGAAGUGGCAGUUUUACGGCGUCGGUAUGAAAGCGAAUCUGUGGGGGUGGGAAGGCGUCGACGUUGCCUCCAAAAUGGACCACGACUUCACCUCUCUCGAGAAGGAACUCGACAGCAAGUUGCGCUUGUUCGGUUUCAACAAGACGGCGGGCAAGAACAACGACUUGCUUGAUUUACUGGAGAAACAGGGACACAGGCGGGAGGGCGUUGGUAUGAGCGAGGUUCGAGAGAAGAGCCGAACGACCGAGGAUCCUUGGUAG